AUGCGGUUCACCAACCUUCUCACAAGCGUUGCCUCCCUUGCCGCUCUAGGUGCUGCGGACGAUCUACCCAAAGGCGUUGCUAUCCGUAUAUUCCCCGUCACAGGCUCCGGACACUGGGACAUUGCCGCCGGCCAGCACUGCUCAAACCUCGGCCUACUUAAACGCCUCUUCAACGCUGCCACUGUCGCUCCUUGGGCUGAGUGUCGACUGUACCAACACCUUGACUGCUACGAUGAAUUCCGCGAUCAUAGAUUGGAGGGCGACCGCUGGCGCAGCUCGAUUUGA